GUACGCCGCAGAUGAUGCAGGGACGGGUCGACCCUCACCACCGAUACGGCCGGACUGAUGAACGGCUUGCUCCCCGACAAACCCCGCCCAUCGCGGCCAAUCUACCCUCCUCGCCAGCGCCAGCAUCCCGCUGCAUGUCGUCACCCUACUUUUACUCCAAACAUGAGUCACGCAGAGAUUGACCAGUCAACAUCGACUUCUCAACUUUCGACGUACACCUGCACAUCGAUCUUCGCGGACGGUCUUCCAACCCACAUCCUACUCGGUGCUUGGACAAAGUUCUACUUUACGAUCAGCGCUGACAAGCGAGAGGUUCGAAGGAGUGCAAGUACAUGGGAGAAGGAUGGUCGAGUGGAGUGGACGGACAAAGAGGGGUUCAAGCUUACAUGUUCAGCCGAAGCUGACGUGGAAGUCAUGCUGUGGAGGGAGCAUACACUCCGUGCGGCUGAAGCAGCAAGUGCUCGAUACGAUGUUCCAGGGUGACUUCAAAUAACGUGACGUGCAAACGAUGUCCCCCCAACCGGCAGACACUGGGGACCACAUGUCCCCGAACAUUUCCUAUCGAAUACCGGCGCUUCGCAUUCAAACAGCGCGGUCGUCGUUAUCGAACGCUGCACGAUAGAACAACCCCCAUGAUAUCAAUUCCAGC